AUGGUACCUGUCCAUGAUGGGGUGACCUCAUCAGGAGACAAAUUGCUUCUCCCACCUGAAGAGCCUCAUUCAGUGGGGCAUGGAUCAGCACGGAACCGGCCGAGACAGAGCUCCCCUGCACGCAAAUUGGGGAUGACCAGGCGAGUGAAAGAACGAAAGGACCUGAAGGACUCUGAAAACCCAGAGGAAAGAGAACGAUGGCACAAAGAACAGGAGCUCAAGCCACUUUAUAAGGAGCUUCUGUACACUAUCACUCACAGACUGGGAAAGCCAGUGGCCAGCAAGGAAUACACUGAGAGUGAGUUACAUCAGUACAUCAGAGAGGCCUUCCGUAUGACUGAGGAAGAGCACGAAGGCUUGUUUGAGAAAGCACAAAGUGCACAGCCCCCAGAGUAUUGUUUAAUGGUCACAGUGAAGGAGGCCAAGGGAAUUCUGGGAAAGGAUAUAAGUGGUUUCAGCGAUCCUUACUGUCUGCUCACCAUCCUACAAAGUGAGAAGGCCAAUCAACACAAACCCUCUCAGCUGAAACCCUCGAAGGCUGUGGUGAAGGGUGCCGCAGAAGAUGAAGCAGUCUUCGAGACAGACAUAAAGAAACAGACUCUCAAUCCUGUUUGGGAUCAGACCUUUAUUCUGAGAUUUGAAGAUAUGGCUGAUGCAAAUUUCCACAUGGAAAUGUGGGAUAAAGAUGAGGAGGUAUCACUCACACAGAAGCUUGAGGAAUUCCGUGCUAAUUUCCAUGGCAUAAAGAGAAUGAUCAAGGAUGCCAAAAAGGAAAAAGGCCAAGAUGACUUUUUAGGGAGCGUUGUUCUCAAGCUUAAGGACCUGCACUGUACGGAGGACAAGUGGUACAUCCUGGAACCUCGCACUGAAACAUACCCUGACAGAGGCCAGUGUCACUUACAGCUUAAAUUCAUCCACAGAGAUAGAGACGAGACGCUUAGUGCUGGUCGGAGUCCGUAUGUGAAUUACUGUGGGAUUCUGCAGCAGUUUGUCCAUGCCCACAUCUCAAAGCAGCAGGGCAGUAGCCCAUGGAAGGGAGAGUUAUGUGGAGAGGGGACAAGUCUGUUGGAGUUUUAUGCCACUCAGAAUGAUAUCUCCCCUUUUCUUCAAGACCUUGCGAAGUGGGUGGCCUAUAGUAAGCUCUACCAGAGUUUGGAGGUGGACUCUACAGUACUAUUUCAGCAGCUUACCAGUAUAGAAUAUCACUGGGACCAGCAAGAGCUUCCGUACCAGCAGAAACAAGAGCUGGGGGAUUCUCUGCAUGGCUUUCUCCAGUAUGGUCUGUGUCUGGUAUCCAAAUACAGAGACAUUUUUCCACCAACACCCGAAAAAACACCACGCCUUCACACCCUGCUGAGAGUUCUGGUUCAGAUUUGUAAGACUCGGGCAUUUCAGAAGCUUAACCCUGCUCAGUUUGCCUUAAAUGAGGAGGUCAUAGAUGCACUGCUGACUGGUACACAAGAGUGGUUUAACAUCAAGAAAGGCUUGCACCAGCCCAUGACCAAGGAGCUGACAGAAACUGUUAAUGCACUGUCACGGCUGAUUGGGGAAGUGCAGGAGGACAUCCGUCAAACUAAAGAUGUUUGGAACAGAGUUUUUGUCAGUGCCGUACAGUUGGACGUGUUUACUGUUGUCUACCAAAAGCUGGAUGAGGUGCUGGCUGAGGAGUUGCGGUCCACACUUGCUCAGCUGGAGAAUCAGAUGGACCAGUCUCUGGCUAACAGUCUGUUUCCUGUAUACCUGAGUCUGCAGGCCAUUCACAAAGAAAAGGCCUUCUUACAAAAGAGGGGGAAAGGCCUUCAGCUCAUUCAUUUCCAUGAGGACUUUCGUGAAGCCUUGCCUUACUGGCUCAACAAAGCUUUCAGCACCACCAUGGAGAGAGUGGAGAAGGCAGUGCAAGUGGACCAAUUGCAGCCUCUGCAGAGUGGAAUGGUUCCCAUAAAACACAGUUCCUCAGCAGUGGACCUGGCUGCCUGCCUGCAGCCCAUUUGUCAGCUGUGGGAGCAAUUGGGUUGGCCAGACCCAGAGGAGGGUUUCAUGCUCAUGGUCAAACUGACAGAGGACAUUUGUAAAAUUGCGGUAACAUACUGCCACACAUUGAAGCGUCGAGUGAGAGAACUCUCACAGGACUCGGACCCUGACAGCGCCAUUAAUAUGCUGUGUGUGGUGGUGAAUGAUUUGGAGCACUUGCGUUCUGUGCUGACCCAUUUGCCUCAGCGGCUGAACUGGACAAGUCUCCGGGAACGCACGCGUCACGUGAUCGGAGACACUCAGUUCCAAAAUACACUUCCCUCUCAGCUGCAGCACACCCAGGCGGUUCUGACUCGGGAGAUCCGCUCUGCUGUGGACACGCUCGGAAAGAAGCUGCAUACAGAUAUUGAGACUCAUGUUCGCAGCAUGGCAUCCCGACACAGACUGCCUUCCAGGUCGACAGAGGAUGCCGUGGUUCCCUUAAUGCGUUAUCUGGAGCGAGAACUACAGUACAUGAAUGAGAACCUAGUUCAGGAGAACUUCAACAGCUUGUUGACUCCCCUGUGGACAAAUUCGGUGAAGAUUCUGCACCAGAUCUCUCAACAGGAAGAUGGCAAUCUUGUGUACUUUCAGAGACUACAAUACACACUUCAAUGUCUUGAGCAAUGUUUUCAUGCAGAGGGCAAUGGACUUCCUCUUGAGACAUUACACACAGAUGAGUAUAAGAUUCUUAAGGCACAUCUGACACAGAGCUCAAUGACAUGUCAUCAACUGAUUGAAAAGUUUUUUGAAAAGAAAGUGUGGGAACAGAAAGUGUAUAGUGGUGAGAAAUAUGGAGCAGUCACACUCAUCACCUCCUACAAACGCGCUGAUCAGCGUCUCCACGUGGAGGUUUUAAAUGCUGUUAAUCUACUUCCCCUGGACUCCAACGGUUCCAGUGACCCAUUUGUUCUUCUGUCUUUGGAGCCUAGACAUACAUUCCCCGAGGUGGAACCACGUAGCACCAAAAUCAAGAACCGUGACCUCAACCCACUGUUUGAGGAAAGCUUUGAAUUUCUUGUGUCAUUGGAACAGUGCCAGAUGGCAGGGGCGUGUCUGUUGGUGAGCGUGCUGGACCACGACAUGUUGCAGAGUGAUGAUUUUGAGGGAGAGGCCUUCCUCUCUUUGAAGUCUGUGCCCGGAAUCAGCGGAGGAGGAAAUGUGGACCCUGUUCCUGCCCAAAUCCGCCUGCCCCUGAUGCACCCCAAACCCAACAGUGACUCCAUCCUGAAGCUGCUGGAGAACAGAAAAGGUGACCGUGAGGCUCAGGCCUUUGUCAAGCAGCGCAGACAAAAAGAGAAAAAAUCUCAGGAAAUCUGA